CGCGUCCUGCCAAUGCAAAAAGAAGCAUUGAGCUGCGUUCAAAUGCCGCAAAAGUUUGGCGCCACUUGCUGGUCAGUCAGUCCGGUGGCGCUUGACGUGUUAAAUAUUCUGGCUGGUUUGGUUGCUUGUCAGGCUCCAUACUAAACUAACUGACUAACUUUACAAGGUUUGCUGUGAGAUUACAUUUGCUUUGAGCUGCAAGUUUGCUGUACGGUUUAGAUGAUAGAAGAAAAUGGAUAAAAUCACACAAGAAGAUAUCAGUCCCCAAUCUGUGAGAGAAAUUUUGUCACCACUCUUCCCGAAACGACCAAGGACAGACUGCACAAAUAGUGGGAAAAGCAGGUUUGACAUUCCAGAGUUUCUGACAUUUCGGAAAACCGUUGGCUCCCCAUCAUCAACGAGUACCUCGCAAAAGAAUUCAGGCUUAAUACGCACAGCAGAAUAUGGGGAUAUGCAAGAUGAGAAACCUCAUGAGCAACAGCAAGACACUAAAUUAAAUGUCACCCCUAUUACUAAAGUGAGUUCUUCACACACUAACUAUAGACACACAGGAUCAUUUGCAGAGAGACACUUCCUGCAUCUGGAGAAAGAUGAACAGCCUUCGGUUACUGAAACUGACAAGCUUAGCUCAUACCCAGCAGAUGAUGCAGGUGCGGUAUUAGCAGAGUCUCAUUCUCCAAAAGACUCCAGCGCUGACACGUCCAGCCAUCCUGAUUGCCGGCAGCUGGGGAAAUCACUCGAAGACGAGCCCCCUGGUGGUUGCAGCCUUCCCUUUGGAAAUGACGAAGAUGGCAGACAGGUGCAAAAUAGUGUCAAUCAAAUCCAAGCAGUCGCCUUUAGUUCAAGUGAUGAGGAGGUCAGAUGUCAGUCUGAUUACACUUAUGAAGAUGUGCGACAUGACGUUGGUUGUGAUACAUGGAGCCAAUCUGCUGAGGUUGAAGGGAGUAAUCAGAAGGGGGAUGAGCAAGGAUUUAGUGAGAAUAUCUUUUUCAGCAAGGAGGAGAAAGAGGGUAAGAGUCACAUGUCUUCCAGUGAUUAUGGAGACUCUAAAUCAUUCUGCUGUAACCCUGAAGAGGACCCCAUUGGGAACUUGACAGAAGGUGGAAAAAAUUACCUAAAAAAAUCUGAAUUGCAGAUUCGAGAGAAUGAAAAUGGUGCCGUCUGUGAUGGGGAAACAAAAGAACAAGUCAAUGAGAACAGCAUGAGUAAAAACCUCAUCUCUUCUGCUGCUAGUAUUGAGGGAUCAGUUGUUUCUUAUGAUGUGGCAUUAGCCAGAAAUAUUGCAAUUGAGAGUGCAAGUCUUGAAGUCGAUGACUUCUGUGGGGCAAAUGAAGAGCAUGCUGCGGGCGAGAUGAUAGCCAAAGCUUGGAGUGAAACAGCUGAUCACACAACAGAGACUCCAAUGCCUGCAAGGAUCAUUCAAGAGCCUGCUGAAGGAGAUAAUGAUGCAGGCUUUCUCAGUGUAAUUGACCCUGCACUAUGGAGUGAAACUGACAGGCAGGCUGCAGAGAAAUGCUGCAACUCAGAGAGCACUGCAGGUGUAGAAUUAUCUCAAUCAAUAAGAGUCUGUGAGACGGAAACGCCUCUCCCACUCUGUUCUUACGUCAGGCCAUUACAGAAGAUUUCAACUUCUGACCAGGCCGGGCAGUUUUAUAACCAGAGCAGAACACAGCAGGGCAAAGAUGAAAAAGAGAACUUGCGUCAGUCAUACGCUGAACCCCAGUCUUAUUCCUUCACCACCUACGAGACACACAGCAUGCAUGGCGAUGAAGGCAGCUGUCGUUGGGAAUCCAGUCCCAGCAGUAGUCCACACAGGCCCGCAAAGCCCCUUCCUGCUGGGGAUGAAAGACAAGAAAGCUAUGGUACUGUGGGACAUCAGUUGAAAGAGCAGGAUCAAUCAGGCUGUUUUUCUGUCAGUCUUGACCCCCUGAAGACACAGAAGGUUGAAUAUUCACAGACUGGCAUUGUCAGAAUGAAUGAGACAACCGUGUUUAAAGAAAGAGAAGAAAGUUUUGGAGAAGAAGAAGUCAUAACCGAUCAACUCGGGAACUCAGCAGAUGAAACUGAACCAGAGGAAAAACGGUCUCAACAAAAUGACGUAAAAGAAGACACGAUCAAAAUCUCAGCUGUUGUCAUUGAUUGGACAGAGGGCGAAAUAAGUACACGUGGCAACAAAUUAACACUUAGUGAGGACGAACUGGGGAAAAGGCUGGAGUGCUUGUCUGAUCACCCAUACAGUGCUGAUAUUUCCUUGAUGGAGGGGACAACUCAGGAAAAGGAAAGUGUUGAAGGAGAAAUGAAAACCGACGAUUACUCAGAGGUGUCUGUGAAAUCUGAGGACGAUCUGCUGCAUCAAAAUGAACAUGAAGCAGACGUGACUGAAAUAUCACCUGAUGAAUGCAUCAGUGAUGAGACAGAGGGCAACAAAUUGACCUCGGGUAGUGAAGAUGAAGAAGGAAACAAGCGCAGUUACUUAUCUGAAUACCAACUGAAAACUGAGACAUUCACUGUUGAACAUAAAGAUGACAUUUUUGGCUUCAGUUUCCCUCCAACAAGUGAUGCAGUUGUGCCAAGUCCACAUGAUUUAAGCCAGAGAUGCCAUUCAAAAAUUACUGACAACUACCCCACAGCUCUAAACUAUAAUGACAGAUUUUCCCCGGUGCCAUCUGCCCUCUACGACUGUGUGCCGGGGGGGUUUGACACUUUCGAAAAGAUCCAGCUCUCACCAGAUGAUGACGACGACGAUCAUACCGGCCUGGGCAACAGCCCUCUCCUCACCAGCUUGCCCGGACAGCUGUUGAAAACACCCCAGCGACAAGUUUACCACUCCAUGCCAGUGGCAGAGAGUGACGAGCACGGGGAGAUACCAGAGGAGGAGGAGGAGGAGGAGGAGGAGGAGGAGGAGGAGGAGGAGGAGGAGGAAGGCGAGGAGGGGGUGGAAGGAUAUGAGUGUCACACUGAGAACAUGGCAAAUGGAUAUCUGAACAGUGAUACAAAUUGUAAUGAACUUGCAAAUUUCAUCUCCGCAGCAGAUAUCAUGGCUGUAGGAUGGCCAGAGCAACAACCCAACUGUGACUCAGACCCACCGUCAAUGUCCUCCGCCGUUCCCCCUGGGAGCGACAGUCCAGCCUCUGACGUGAACGAACCCCCCGAAUUUGAGAUGAAAAAACAAUUCGACAUGGUCUUAAAAGAGCUGAAGUUGUUUUUUGACAUCAGUACGAGUGAUUUUGCAGGUGACGGUAGAGAAUUGUCACCCGAGCGGUGUGGUGAUAUAACCGAAGCCUCGGAGGGCGACGCCUGUAAAGAACACCUCAACAGCCCAGAACUGGGACGCCAUAGAGACACAUCAUCAAAUGAUGCUGAUGAAGACCACAGCCUGGAAAUGUGUGGAGGUGAUCCAGUGGUUUCUUGUAUCGCUGGCAGCCAUGACGGGGAGCAGGAGGUGCCCUUUGGCAGCCACUUGUGCCAAGAAGCAUCUGUGUACACUGCAGAGAAACACAGAGAGCCUCGGGAGACGGAGCAGAGAAGAACAAUGUGGUCUCCGUCCUCACUGGGUCCACCAUUCUUGGAACAACUGAGCCACAGACAGGCAGGUCAGGCGAGGAGACUGGAGCCUCUGAGAACCUGCACACGGCCAAUCAGGGUGGGACUUUCAAAGAAAGCCAGGACCAAACACCUACACCGUCCUCACCCCUACAAAUGAACACCCGAAAAGCAAUUAAGAUCCCUGCCAGCCUGUCUGACUGCCUGCUUGCCUGCCUGCCUGUCUGCUCAUCUGCCUGCUUAUUCAUUCUCCCUCACAAACUCCAUCAACAACGCCGCCUUGACAUCUCCAUUCCUCCUGCCGUCUCCAGCCAUCCCCGGUCAUCUCGUCCCCUUCUGAAGCGCAUUACAAUAAAUCUGUUAAACGUCAUCUGCCUCUGAGCCUGAGUGUCUGCGCUUGGGUUCACCUGUUCCACCCCACAUAACAGGCUGUGGUGACUCUUCUUGGUAAUUUCCCACCCUGAGUGUUCACCUCACAACCGUGCAUAUUCCUUUGUUAACCUUGUAUGUCAACAUCCACUCAUUCUUCUUAAUGCUAUACAAAGCACGUUUAGCAUAAUACCCACCACAAUGCGAAAUUGGUAUUUCUGCUCUGCAGAAAUGGAAUUUGAAAUGACUCUGUGUCCAUUAUCCAUUCUGCAGCUGCUAUAUGCCAGGUUUUUUUUUUUCCUGAUUAUGUUAAUGUUGUAGCAUUUAGCUGUGUGUGUGUGUGGGAGGGCCAACAGCACAAUAGACCUCCUGUGCUCUGGCUGACUGCAAAGCUGCUACCGCUGAAAGUUCCAGCUUCACUGAGCAUGUUGGGUGCAGGUUGCUCAUUUACAAGUUAGAAGAAUCCUCUGGUGUCCUUACAAAAAAACAAACCUAAAUAUAGAGAAUAUAUUUCUCCUUUUGGGCUCUGUUGGCUUAGCAUAUGCAGUAUCAGUAGUGCACAGAGGGUUGUUCAACACUACUGGAGGUUUCAUAGGUGGAAGAGCACUGUAGGAAGAGAAAGCAAAAACAUCUUUAAGACCUGUCUUACUUUAAAUACAUUUAGUCAUGUCUUUUUCCGCCUAUUCUAGUGUAAAGAGUUGUUCAGCUAAAGUUAAAACUGCACUAAUCUAUAUUUUUUGAAAUAUUAAAAUAGAUCAAAUGGCUACAGUAAUGUGAAAGGUGUCACUUGUAGUGACAAAUCCACAGAUAAUCAUCAACCGACACAAGCCUUUUAGCCUUGUUUCAUCCAUUGCUCUGGUUUUCCAAAGCAAUAAAAAAAAUUUAUGCUCUCAUUAACGUCAUUUGUAACACCAGCAGGCAGCAGUUUUUUAGUGUUUUAACUGCACGCUACCUGCCCAGAACCAAAUGGCAGAUUGACAAAGUUAGCAUCUAACUGGUGAACACAGUGGAACAUUUAGCAGCUGGAGAGCCAGAUAUUUGCCUCAGGAAAUAGUAAUUAGAGCUAAAGGGAAAGUAUUGGGCUUCUGCCACACAUUCUCCAUAACAUCUUUAGAUGGUGAUAAUAUUUCAAUAUGCAGGUUGCUCCAUUGUCCCCAGUGGGCAAAAACAAGUGUAUCUCUGCUUUAAAGCAGCAGCAGGCAGUGAAGAAACCAACUGUAAGCUACCUGUCAGGUACCAAACAACAAGCAAAGUUAGUGAAAAGCAAAUGAAAGUCAAACAUCUAGCACCAAAUGACUCAUUUGUUUUCAUGGGUUGGUGGAGACCAAAACAGAGCUAAAGGUGAAGAUAAGUGAUGGAGUUUCAAAGGAAUGCUAAUGUUGCAGCUUGUGUGUUCGAUGUGUAAAUAGGUAAGAGUUUGCUAACACAUUCACCAUAUCAACUUUGUCAGCUGGUUACUAAAAAAUUAAUUAAUGCAGCUUUAAAGUGGUUUGGGUGUUUGUUUGUUUUUCCUGAACAUUUAUCGAGAGUUUUACUAACACUGAAUGCAAUAAUAGAUCAAUUAAAACUACAAACAGCAGAUCUUGUACAGAAAUGUUUAGCAAGCUAAAAAAUUAGAGAGAUCAGGAAAUAUAUUACAAAUUAGUGUGCAUUCAUUGAUAGUUUUACUCUGCUGGGACAGGUUGCAAUGACAGUCAAAUGUGUUAAAGUCAAAACUGUGUCCCUGUGUUCAGUUUCUUUUCAUUGCCUGUUUCUUACGGUCAUAUUACUUAUAGAUGAUUAAUGUGAAAACACUGCUCUAAACUGAAACUUUCUUUUUGAUCAUCUAUUACAAAGUUAAAUUAAAUUCACUGUUCAAUGGCAGCAAAAAAAAAUAUGAAUGUGCUUUUUCUGAAGCUUUGGCCUGAAUGGAAGAGUAGAAAGAUCUAUGACAGAGUCUUACAUAACCCUGCACUGAUGCUGU